UGAUCGACAGCAUUUGACCAACGUCAACCAACUCUGCCGCUCCCAAGUAUUGGGUUAACAGCUUGCCCCCACCAUUCUCGAGCGGCAAGCCUUAUGCGUCGUUGUUAGGUCGGCACGAGCCGCACCACAGAGCCGCUUUGCGUCGUGGGGUUUGCCUCUCUCGCUCUCUCUACCUAAAUAUUUUCUGGCAUGCGCUCUUACCAACACGUGCAAAUCGCCCGAAUUGCUAAGUAUCGACGUUGGUCUACCAUCGAGUGAUACGUGUCUUGCUAAUCUAUACUUUCCUAACUCGCUAGGCGCCAGGGUCAACACGGAACUAACUUGUAAGUUACCAGUCGAGACCGACGUCCAAAGAUGGAGUUGCUCCAUUCCGUUGUGUAUGGUAUUUGCGUCCUUUUUCCAGUUCUUCUGUUCAUCAAAGUUUACCAUGCGCUAUUCGACCCGCUCAACCAAUACCCCGGGCCCUUCCUUGCGCGAUACACGAAUGCAUAUGGUGGCUACUAUGCCAUCAAAAAGUGUCUCCAUCUCACGACAUAUCAAAACUUCCAAAGAUAUGGGCCCGUGAUACGACAAGCACCGAAUCGUCUUGUAUUCAACACCGUCACGGCUCUGCAUGACAUAUACCUAAGCCCGACCGUUACAAAAGGGGAAGCUUACCGGAGCUCUCAACUUCGGGCCAAAUAUCCAAGCAUCAUUAACGUAAUUGACCGCGACCAGCACCGCCGCAAGCGCAAAUACAUCGGCCCGGCUCUCAGUGCGCGGUCAAUGCGUAGCUUUGAACCCGUCAUGGGAGAGCAGAUCGACGUCUUCCUAAAAGCCCUCCUCGAUUCAGCUCGCGCUGGUUACACUCUAAACAUGACUGAACGCUGCCAGCGUCUUGGGUUAGAUAUCAUUGGAUUGUUGUCGUUCGGGUAUGAAUUUAAUACACAGACGCAAGAGCCAUUCAGAUUCUUACCCGGUAUCAUCGAUGCAAUGAGCUGGCGCAUUAGCAUUUACAUGCAAAUUCCCCUUUUCAAGUUUAUGGAAACUCCUCUGCUGUGGAUAGGUAAGAAGCAAGUGAUAAAGUUUGGAGAUACGAUAACUUCUAUUAUCAAGGCCCGCACAGCAAAGCCCAAGGAUGCCCAUUAUGACCUUUACUCGAUGGUGGCCGAUCUGAUCGGCAAAGGACAAGACGGAUUGUACCGCGGAGAGCUAUGGCCCGAGGCUAUCUUGUUCAUUAUAGCAGGUGGCACUACCACGGCGACAGCCAUGAGUGCUAUGUUCUUCUACCUCGCGCAAAACCCGAUAGCUUACGCUACACUGGCGAGCGAGAUACGCUCCACAUUCGCUUCUGCCGAUGAGAUUUGUUCUGGGCCGCAGCUGACGGGCUGCAAGUACCUCCGAGCAUGUAUUGACGAAACACUGCGUAUGGCUCCGCCCUCGCUGACUAUUCUCUGGCGGGAGGCGGAGGCGGAUCGCAAAGAGCCCUUCAUCGUUGACGGCCAUGUCAUCCCACGUGGAACACAGGUGGGUAUCAGUCUCUACUCGCUACUACACAAUCCCGAGUACUUCCCGGACCCGUUCACCUUCUCACCCGAGCGCUGGCUAGACGAACAAGACGACGAGGGGCCGCCUUCGGUUAUGCGAAAAGCAUUUGCCCCUUUCCUUAUUGGUGACCGUGCUUGCGCUGGGCGAGCCAUGGCCUAUCUCGAGAUGAGUUUGACCUUGGCUCGUACAUAUUGGCACUUUGACUUUGAGUUUGCGCCGGGUGAAGCCGGAAAUCUGGGGCGCGGCAAGGCUGGGGGUGUGUACGGGAGGGGUCGUCCUGAUGAGUACCAGCUGGACGACAUCUUCGUCGCUGCUCAUCAGGGCCCAAAUUUGGUGUUUCGCGAAAGAGAGGAAGGGGGGAAAAUCGGAGUUAAGGCCCAGUGAUGCCACUCAUCGAAACCAUCCAUAUAUUGAGCAUAUCAGCCAGAUGAGUGCUUGGCGGGACGAAACCUGGGCAUGCCUAUCAUUCCAGCUCGAGAAUGUGAGU